AUGUCCCUUCCCCGCGCCGAAAACCCUUGUUUCCUCCUGUUCCUGUUUGUCUUCCAAACAAUAUUCAUCCUCAUACUCUACCGAGGGGGACCUUCCAACGUGUUUCGUGGCUUUUUGGACUCGCAUCAGGUUCUGGACUACUCGAGAACUCACGAUGUGUACACCAACCUGAGCCUGUUCCGCCGGGCUGCCGCCGAAGAGCCCGUGCCCUACUGCUCGGCGCCCUCACCCAUCCUCGUGGGCCCACUGACCAUCACCUUCAGGGUGCCCCCUAACGAGCGAACCAUCAUCCAGAAGAACCCCUUUGUUCAGGCUGGUGGCCGCUACCGGCCCCCUCACUGCUUGGCCCACCACAAAUCAGCCAUCCUGGUGGCCUACAGGAACCAGGAGAGGCACCUGCACCACCUGCUCUACUACCUGCAUCCCUUCCUGCAGCGCCAGCAGCUCAGCUACACAGGCAGGUUCUCCUUGCAGGUGGGGAAUGGCACCUUCAACCGCGCCAAGCUGCUCAACGUGGGCGUGCGGGAGGCCCUGAAGGACGAGGACUGGGACUGCCUGCUGCUGCACGACGUGGACCUGGUCCCUGAGAACGACCACAACCUCUACGUCUGCGAGGAGGAGUGCCCCAGGCACAUGGCCAGUGCCAUCGACAGGUUCCAGUACACUCUGCCAUACAAGUCCUUCUUUGGGGGUGUAUCUGCUCUGACUCCAGAACAUUACAUGAAGAUGAAUGGGUUUCCAAACACGUACUGGGGCACUGGUGGUGAAAAUGAUGACAUUGCUACAAG